CCCUCUUUAGUGCGCCUGUAGCUCCGCCUUGCGGUCAACACGCAGUACUGCAUGCAGACAGCAUGGCGGCCCCCGUGAGGACAUUGUGUCGCUCAGUGUUGAGACUCUCCAGCAGGCAGGUCAGCACAACAUGUGGACUACAGGCUGGAAACAAGUGGAGGAAAGAACAUGGACUCGCCCGAAGUGGUACAGAGUAUGGCCCUCUGACAGAUCUGCCCGACUGGUCGUUUGCAGAUGGAAGACUGGCGCCUCCACUGAAGGGACAGCUGAGACGGAAGCAAGAACGGGAAGUUUUAGCAAGACGUAUCGUGAUGCUGAGCUCGGAGGUGGACAGAGGAAUAGAGGCGUGGAGCGAAAAACAGGAAAACGCCAGACGACUGGAGGAGCACAAGAAAUCUCUUUUACUGAAACCUAAAGGGAAACUGUUAAUGAAGAAAAAACCUCUGUAACCAUGUUGAUGUCCUUAUCCCGUUGUUAAUCAUCAUAUUUAUGAGGACUUCUUCUGCUUGUGUGUUUUUCACUGUUGAUUUCUGCAAUAAAUGUUCCAUUUUCUUGAUUUA